AAAUCCCUUACAAUAUUUUGCCAGCACAAUUGAUUAUUUUAUGUGUUUGUUUCCAGGAAUUACAACUAUAAACUGCUCUGGUAACAUGUGGGUAGAGCCUAGUGAAAUGUUUCAGAUGGGGAUGAAUGUUUCUAUAUAUUGCCAAGAAGCCCUUAAGAACUGCCGACCAAGGAAGCUUUAUUUUUAUAAAAACGGCCUCAAAGAAAGAUCUCAUAUCACAAGGAUUAAUAGAACAACAGCUCGACUUUGGUACAAAGGCUUUUGGGAACCUCAUGCCUCUAUGCAUUGCACUGCCGAGUGUCCUGGGCAUUUUCAAGAGACGUUCAUUUGUGGGAAGGACAUUUCCUCUGGAUAUCCACCAGAUGCCCCCAGCCAAGUGACCUGUGUCAUCUACGAAUACUCAGACAACAUGAUGUGCACCUGGAACACUGGGAAGCCCACCUACAUAGAUACCAAGUAUGUGGUGCACGUGAAGAGUUUAGAGACAGAAGAAGAGCAACAGUAUCUUGCCUCAAGCCAUGUUAACAUUUCCACUGACUCAUUGCAAGGUGGAAGGAAGUAUUUGGUAUGGGUCCAAGCUGUCAACGCCCUAGGUAUGGAGGAUUCACCACCACUACAAGUCCAUCUGGAUGACAUAGUAAUACCUUCUGCACCCAUCAUUUCCAGAGCUGAGACUUUAAAUGCUACUGUGCCCAAGACCAUAAUUUACUGGAGUAGCAAAACCAUGAUUGAGAAUGUAUUCUGUGAAAUGAGAUACAGAGAAACAACAAAUCAAACAUGGAAUGUUAAGAAAUUUGACACCAACUUCACAUAUGUGCAGCAGUCAGAAUUCUACCUGGAGCCCAACAGCAAUUAUGUAUUUCAAGUGAGAUGUCAAGGACCGGGUAAAAGACAUUGGCAGUCUUGGAGUUUGCCUUUUGUUCACAAAACGCCCCUCUCAGGUGGUUCCUCGGUCACAUCAAAAUCAUCCCACGAAUCUCAGAAGAUUGAGAUGCUCACUGCUACAGUCUUUAAAGGACAUCUUACUUCUGAUAAUAGUCAAGACAUUGGAUUUUUGUCGGGAAUGGUCUUCUUGUCCACCAUGUUGCCGAUUUUUGCUCUGAUUGGGAUAUUUAACACAUCACUUCGAAUAGGAAUUAAAAGAAAGGUCUUACUGAUAAUCCCAAAGUGGCUUCAUGAAGAUAUUCCUAAAAUGGAAAAUAGUAAUGUUGCACAAUUGCUACAGGAAAAAAGUAUAUUUGAGGAUAAUAAAGACCGUGAGCAGGCUCUGUAUGUGGAUCCUGUGCUUACAGAGAUAAGUGAAAUCUCUCCGCUGGAAUACAAUCCCACAGGUUACAAGGAAGAAAGGCUCACAGGACUCCUGGAGACAAGAGACUGUCCGCUAACAACACUGUCUACCAGUUCUUCUGUUGUGUAUAUUCCUGAUCUCAACACUGGAUACAAACCCCAGAUUUCAAACAUUCCCUCCGGGGGAGACCAUUUCAUUAACAGGGAUGAAAGGGAGUCUGCAACCCUUGAGGCCACAAGUGACCACUUUACCAGACUGAAAACAUAUCCCAACUUUGCAUUUCCUGCCUCAAGUACGACUUUACUGGGCAAAAUACUAAUUCUUGAUGACUUGAACCUCGUUUUAAAUCAAGGUGAAUUCAAUCCUCUUGACAUAAAAAACUCAAGACAGGAGGAAACAACCAUGACUUUGGAAAGUGACACACCCCGGGAAACUAUUCCAGAGCAGACCCUGCUGUCUGAUGAAUUUGUCUCCUGUUUGACAGUCAGGAGCGAGGACUUGGCACCUAUUAAUUCUUACUUUCCACAGAACAUUUUGGAAAGCCAAUUCGGUGGGAUUUCACUCUUGCAAAAGUAGACUCUCCCAUCAAAGUCAGUAAGAGAGGCUGCCUUUCCACUGAAGGUCAAAUCUUCCCUCCAAAGAGUGUAAUUACACUUACAAGACACCAGGAAUGAACAUCCCUGGUUGGCAAAGCAAACAAAACAAAAACAAGGAGGUAGAUUGUUUGUUUGUUUCCAGUUUCAUGUUUAAUGUUUCCACUUGAGAUGGGCGCUCACAUAGCCAGGCUUGACUCUAACUCACUACAUGGCCGGAGGACGACUGAAGGCCGGCUUUUCCUGCCUCUUCCUCUCAAGUGCUAGAACUAAAGGUGUGUGUGCCACCAGGACUAUUUCUUUUCAAAGUUUCUUCAUUAGGUUGUACAGAACAGCUCUGCUUGUAUAAAGGGUAAGCAGUGACGAAUACGCAGUGCUAAAAUGAAAGUAGAAAACAGGUCUUUAAAAUGAAAACAUGAACAUUUCCUGGCAGAGGCAGAAUCAAAUUUAAUUUUGUCUUAUCACUUAAAAUUACAUAUAGAACCAAACAACAAAACAAGUAAAGCAGAAACAGACGCUAGCAGCUAAUAUUAACAUACUUGCUUACUGUUCUUUCACUGCGGUCCUUGUUUUAGAUUAAAAGAUUGUGAAUCAGUGAUGGUUGGAACCAUGGGCCUGCUUUCUCCAUCCAGGUUAGGAGUGGUGGGCCUUAACAGGUAUUUUGAAUCCCCGGUAGUAGGUUCCUCCAUCAAUAGAGUAAGCCAAACCGAGCCCAAUUAAAAGUAAAGGACCAGGUUUAAUCUGAGCAAAGCAUUUCUGGGUGAUCUCGGGGAAGGAAAGAGGGGAAAUCAUGUGGCAGGUUUAUGGACCAGAGCUAAAUACCCUGUAGGUGUGGUCUUGAUCGGCUCCAGGGAAGGAGCUGCUACUUGGCUUGCUUUCUGAAAGGGACAGGUUUGAGGCGGAGCUUCCAAUGGAAUAGGGAUCACACUGUGGCAAACACCAGUAUUUACCUUCUAGCAGAAUCUAUGUGAGGCAGGAGGCACAGGAUUGGCAAGACAGGUGGUUUGACUGUUAUUUUCAACUAUAUGUUGAGUAUGUCAUAAACAGAUGUGUAUCCUACUCUGGAAUGGUGAACAUUUACUCCAUCUGCCCUUGUCCCAUAGCCUGUGUCUCCUGCAGACAUUGCAAGUUGGUCCCUACAUGCCUUGGUUUACUUUUGUCUCAUUCUCUGACACCAUUGUGAUCCAAAGUAGAACAACUGGUUACAAAUGUAAAAAGCUUAAAACCUGAUGGAAAUUCCGUUGUCUAAUCCUAAAAUAGAUACGUCUUUGUUGUACUUUACGCAAUCUAAAAGGGAUGCUUUAUGUCACUCACAAAAUGCAAUU